UUUGACUGCGAAAAAAACUACCUCAGAGAUAAAAUAUUGUUCUUUAUACAUUGUUGAUCUGUUCCACAAAGGAAUCAUAUAUGGCAGGAAAAAGAGAAAGCUUGGAGCGAAAAGCGAAUCGAGACGAAAACUGGGCAGUACCUGCACAGCAAAAUCAUGAUGACUCGAGGCAAACAGUUCUGCUCCUUGGAGAAAAUCUUCACGCGCCGAACAAAAACGAGCCACGCUACAUUGUGGAGUCCGACAAAAUAAAGGUAUGAAAUUCAGUUGUCGCCAUUAAUUUUGGCCGUUGUUGGAGAGACAUUUAUUUAUACGAACAUGCUAUGAGUACUUUAAAUGGCCAUGUAAACACAACAGUUGCAGCUCUAAUAACUUUGGGUAAAUCAAACUAAAAUAUGUCAAUUCUUGACCACAUUGUCCUUGACAGAGUCACUCUAAAGAAACAAAUGAAGGCCUUCCAUGUUUUCAGCUCUGAAUAUUUUUCUAAGCCGACACUUUCUUUAUUAUGGACCCUUUAAAGCGGAUUUUUAUAGUUUUUCCCACUGUGAGAGAUGUUUUCGCUUCGUUUUCGUUUACCCACAUGGUGUUUUAAGAAAUAGCGCGUAUGUGAAGUGCAAUCCAAGAUGAAGGGCUGGAACUCUUUUUCCAGUGAAGUAAAAACCCAAUACCGGCGUAGAAACACGAUAAAAACUUUCUUGUACGUCACUUUUUGUUUGGUAAUCGAUAUCAAACCCGCUACAGCUGUUUCCACCUUUUGAGUUCAAAUCUCUUGGAUUCAAACAGUCUCAGUUCUUUUUUUUUUUUUUCGAAGGCUUGCUUAUUAUCUCAAAGCCGAAAAGUUAAACGUUAGGGUUGUUCAGGUACAACUGCUGUUUUCUUUUUUUACGAAAUAGGAUAUUUUUUCAACCAGCAACCAAACAAUCAGACCAAAAGAUUUAUUCAAAUAAAAUUGCACCUCACAAAAUUGGGUAGCUAGAAAGCUAAAUAUUAUCUUGCGAAUUUGCGGAAAAGAGAUUUUUAACGAACCGUGAUAAAUAAUUCUUCAACGUGGGUUGUUUGUAACCUCGGGGAAAGAUUGUAAUAGAAACCUGUUCUGGCAGCGGAAAAUCAUCAAAUAAAUAUUUAAACUUCGUUUUUUUGAAUUCUUUCAACUGUAAUUGAAAGGUAAAAAUGGAAAUUCAGAGAGCAUUUUCAGUCAAAAUACAUUUCGCUCGUCACGCAGAACGAUAAUCUCAAACUUAUCAUAUGAAUAUAGAGUUUUAUGAAGUAAAAAAUUUGGAAAAAUAAAUCAUUUAUUGAAAUACAUUUUAAAUCCCCAAAUUUCUCUUUCUUCCAUGCUGCAGGCUGUUUAUUUUUUCUCCAGCUGUAGUGCCAAGUUGUUCUCUCUUCAAAUAAUUGAUCCAAAAUGCAAAUUUCCUUCUUGCAAAGAGUGCUAUUAGGAACAGACAGUUGAAUAAUGAUUGAGAAUUUAAAAAAAAAGUUAAUUGCUAAAGCUUCUUAGAGGUCAAAAAUGAAAUCUGGAAAGUGUUCAAUCUUUUAGCAAUGUUGAAUUUAGGGUUUGGCUCCGUACCAGAAUUAAUGUGACUAAAAUUAAUGCAAUACACAGUUUAUUGUAUAUGUAGAAGAACUUAUCGCUGGAAAGGGUUUACCCGUAAUUGUUACGAGACACGUAGUUAUCACAAGUAUGUUUCAUUAUGAUGCCGUUUUCUUAACGAAAUAAUUUAUUUUUCCUUGAAAUGAAUACUAUCUUUUGGGGUUUUUAAGCCGAGAUAAAUGUUUCAAAGCAGGCAAACAAAUUUAGGAGGCUACAACUCUGAUUGUUUACACUCUAUGUUGAAGGGAUGACAGCUACAUUUUAAUUAAUUGCUUGAAUCAUUUGCUCCAUUUAAAAACGAAAAAUGUUUUAGCAUGAUUUUAGAGUUCUUUUUACAAAAGCCCUCCUCAACCCGGGGUAGACGAUCGUUUUCAUGCUGAAUCGAGAUGAGUGCUAAAUUGUAUAUUUUUUUGACUUUAUUUAACGAUGCACUCUCAAACACUAAAAUCUCGUAGUUUUUGUAUUUUGUAUUUCUUAUGAGAAAAUAUUGGCAAAAUUUUUGUCGCUUUUGUUGCCACGCACAAUGAAAACAAAGUAAGCUUCAUAAUAGUCCCAACAAAACGAGACCGUGGGUGAUAUUUUGAACACGCAUGUUUUUCUUUUCCUGUUGACAUUUUCUUGUUAUCUUGCAAAGUUUGAUAAACACCACCGGGCGGAGUAAAUACGGCACAAGUUUAUUAUCAAAAUGCGGUUCAUUUUACUAAUUUAUUCUUUCAGGCUGAAGAGAUUAAUAACUCGGAUUCUGAGACACAAUUCUCUGCCUCUAGAACGUAUUACAACACAGGUAGGACUGGGGUCGAAAACCACCAACAAGCUUUUCAAUCCUCCGCAAACCAGGGUAACCACGGGCAAAUUGCCCACGCACCUCCGACUCAGGGGCUAGGGAGAGGGGACCAAAAUCAGAAUUACCCCUCAUGGCCAGCACCGCGUGGUCUUAUCGGCGUUAUACCUCCCAGGGAGCUAAAUAUGAGACCAGGGGAAGACGAUGCAGACAACUCACCGAACUAUCGCCGUAUGGCUGUUUGUCAAGAGACAGACGGUGCUUUGGGCCAGAGGACAAAAAUGCGCGUCUACAUGAAGCGUUUUUGAAAUUUCAGAAAUGAUGUCUUUGAACAAGAGGAAGUUGGAUUCAGAUGCAGUAUUGUGUAGCGAUCAGAAAUUCAUAUAGAUUCGUCUUUGGGGAUGCAUUUAAACUCGCGAAUCUUUCGUUGACAAAACUGUUACUGUCAGCGAAAGAUUAGUCAAGGAUCGUCUCAUUUCUUCUUAUAAAGCCUUUCGUUGAUUUCGUCGCAACUAAUUUUAGUGCACCUGUUUGUCUGAGUUUGACACUCCCUUUUAAGCCAGACAUAUCCACUGAUAUCUUAUAUUAGCCUACGGUUAUUUGAAACAAAAGUUCAUUGUUACGAUUUAUUAGCAAAGUAAGCUUAAGUUGGCCUGAAAGAAACCAUUAGGAAAGUUAUGUUGCGCACGUCAGAGCAAGUGAUUCGAACCCUUGUUUACGGGCGCUCAACUUAACUUUUACCCUCGUUUCAUGUCGCUCGCAGUCUUUCCUCAAAAGAUAACUCUGAAAGAGGCUCGUAUGGAUAACCCAAGAUUUGGCCCUCCCUUUCAUAAAAGAAAGGAACCUUCGUGAAAGCAGAGAUCUAAUUACCCUCCCCUAAAUGUGUAGAACACAAGGUCAACCGUCCAAUGAUCACCAGACAGUGAAUUAGAGGUCUGAACUCAAUGGUCGUGCAAGUUUAGGCCGUUUUACCCAGUCUAACUUGCCACAGGACAAACUUUAACACCGCAGUGAAUGUUUUCAUACUACUACAGAUGUAUAAAAACACAAACAGGCGAAAAGGGUACAGAAAGUAGAACCGUCGCAAUUGAGCUAAAUUUUCAGAGUGCUGGCCAUACUGUAUAACUGUAUGGAGGCGUCAUUUGUAUUGCCCGAAAAUAUCCAUAUUCGUGUGGUUGUCGUUUUAGGAAAUAAAUAAAAAGAAAAAACUGCUGCACUGGAAAUUUGAGGUUUCAGGAGGCAUGCAAAACAAACAUGGCAGUUCUAUACGAUCGCAUGAUUGUUAUCUGAAAAGGUGUGUCAAAAACAGUUCAACAAAAUACAGUUUUUACGAGAUGGAAUCUAGGGUUUCCAGCAACUGCACGCGUAAUACUAGUGAGCCUUCUACGCCUGAAUAUGAGGUCAACCGAAAAGAAAACACUGUGGGAAAGAUUGCCAAACGGCGACAGAUUCGAAAGUUUACGAAUGCUCAGAUAUAGAUCUUGGCAACGUUCCAUUCCAUUACGCAAUGUUUUGCGAAAAAGAAAACAGAGAUCUUAAAAGUAAGAUUUAUCGCGUUUCCUUCGGUGGAAUUUCCUAAGAUUUGCUGAACCAUUAACUAUACU